UUUGAAAUAUAAUUAAAAAAUGGAAAAUCAGGACCUUAAAUCAGACCUGACUCCUGAACGGUUGCUUUCAGAGUCAGACGAAGAUCAGCCUUGCAUUCCUAGUAACAAUAUGUCUAGAAUAGCUAAUACUCCUGCUACCGUCGCUAGUAAGAGGAAAGAGACAGAUCCUUUAUCAACAUUAGCCAUUAAUUUGGAAAAUAGUUCGAUCCUAAAAGAUGGUUUUGAUCUGGAGGAACUGAGAAGAAAGCAAGAAGAUCUUCUUCUGAUCCAGCAGAUGGUUCAGAAGAACAUUGAAGGAAUCCAGAAGCAGAUUGAAAAGUGAUCUCAAAGUAGAGACUCCAUGUCUAGAGUUGGCGGAACCAUAGCUCCUAAGUUUUAUAAAUAAAUAUGCUGAGAGUGAUAAUGAGAGGUCUCCUCAUGAUAAACUGAAAACUUUUGAAAGGAAAAGAGAGCUCUCAAAGUCAUUCACUCGAUCUCAGGAAGGUGCAAGCAACAGAGCAAGUUUCAUUAAGCUUCAGAAUAAAAAACUUGCUCCCAAAUCUAAAAUAAAUAUUGAAUCAACAGAUGAAGAAGCUCCAACCAGAGCUAAAAGUAGUAUGCUUGUAAGAAGAAACAGAGGUGAUAGGAAGAAGUCUGUACAAAGUAAUGGGAUAAAGAAAGUGUCAAAAUACUCAAACAGAAGUGCUUUCAAAAAGAAGCCCUCAAGUGUUUUCAGCAUUCAUUCAGGGACAGAAAGUAUGAAAUUACUAACUGACGUUACUACUUCCGAGACAUGAAAUCAAAAUGGAUUGCACAAAGCCCAGGUAUCAAAACUUGACAUUUCAGCUUAUUCUAACAAUCAUGGGUCGACUUUCUCAUCCAAUACUGCAUUGAGCACUUUGAUUCAAUUGAAAUAAUUGCUGAAAGAAGUUUACUGCUAAGCAUAUUUACGACCUGGCAAAAGUUAACCCAACCUUGCCAACAAUUAGAGUAAUGUUUGCAGUAAUUAAAAUAAUGCAGUCAAUGGGUGAAAAGGUUAAAAAGCCAACAGACUGGAACGGAAUUCUCAAAAUUCUUAUUAAAAAGGAUAAGAAACUGUUACAAUGAAUUCAUAAUAUUCCUGAGAAGCUAGAACUGAUAUCAGCUGAGAGAGGAGAUCUAAUGAAAUAUAAAACUCAAUGUUUUGGGAAAGCAAGAAUCUCCCUCACUACGAUUUCUUCAUCUUUUCAAAGAGAAUGCCGCAUAUUUGCAAACUUAUUGGCAUUAGUUGUUCUUAUGUUGCAGAAAAUGAAGAAAGAGCAACUUGAUAUCACCCAGACUACUGUGAAAGCUGAUAUAAGCAUGAUUAAAAAUGAAGAGACUAGUAAUUUUAAUGAGACAGAAGGCCCAUUCCCGAAAGAGAGCUGUGACGAAAGCACUGGAUAUUAUAAUGAUGCUAAAUAUAUUCCUUUUUCUAAAGAACUUACUCCUGAUCAACCAAAAGUGAAGAAGUCUCCCGUUAAGAAGAAUCCUAAAUCUCCUGGUAAAGCUUAUGUUAAGCGAGGAUAUCUUUCAUCAGACAAUCAAUCAACUGGAAGUCAUAACAAUAUGGUGAAUGAUUACGUUUCCCCAAUAAAAUCAAGUCAAAUAAAGCCUAAGUUUAAAAAGAAUUCAAGCACAAUGAAAUAAAAGUGUUCACUUAUAUAACAAAAAGGAGCAAAGAGGAGAGAAAUCAUACUUGAAUAAAUUCUCAUCUCCUGUAAAACUCUCCUCUUCUUCUGCACAAUCAAUAAGAGGAGGAAUCAACUCAGAUAGCGAGAAUAAACGCUCUAAAAGAAAUAGUAAAAGUCCAAGAAUAGUUAAAUCAAAGACUUCAGGAACUCUAAGAGGAAGUCUUGAUAAAGGGAUAUUGAGCGCUCCAGAAGGACUCAAGAGGGAGAGAAAGCCAUCUGUUCCUUCUGCAAACAAAACAAAGAGAAAGAAAAAGCCUAAACCAAAGCCUAAAAAUCAUAACCCUUAUGAGACUACUGAUGAGUCUGAAGAUCCUCUUGAUGAGCUGGUUAAGCUAGAGCCUCGUCUGAAAGCUUAUGAUAAGGAAAAGGAUGGAGGGCUUUUGUAUGCAUUUUUAGAACUUAAGCAAUGACCUAAGCCACUGAAUAAGCUUCCAAUACCCAUAGAGAAAGCAGAAUCUUACAACCCUUCAGCCGAAAAUGCUGAAAUAUACAAAAACUCUAUUGUGUCCACUUCUCUAACGGGAUUUGCUAGACAAUCAUCUGAAAAUAUGGCAAAUAGUAUGAAUCGGAGAAGCGUUCUAAGCGAUGAGGACUACAAAAAGAUCCUUGAGCUCAAAAACCAAAGAAUGAAAACUCUUCUUGAGCAAAGUGGAGGCUAAUGCUUCUAAAUUAUAAUGAAAUAGCCAUCGAUAAAUAUUUUAAUGUUUCUCA